UAAUCUGCUAUACAUUGAACAAAGUAUAAUUAGUAUAUCAUUUAAAUUUGCCAAAGUACUACAACUGCAUUCUUAACUCUACAAAGCCAAAGGCAAAACAACUGCAACUGAUCAGUACGAGACUACGAGCAGUGAAUACUGGGAAAACAAUGGGGAUAGCAAUUGAACAGUACAGGGCAAGAAUUGGUGAACAUGUGAGUUUCUUAAGACAAAGAGAAGUGGCCAGACGUGUAGCAGACAAUAUCACCUGGAGGUAUGCUGCCAUUUGAAGUAAAAGGUGUCAAAGUUGAUAUAUAUGGGCAAGUAUUGCCAAGCCUGGACAAUAAUAAUGCACCAAUUACUUCACAAGACCAUCAGUCUCAAGCUGCAAAAAAUGGCAAUUUGAAUACAAUUAAUCCAACAUCUACCAGGUAUCCAACUGCUGUGAACUGCUCUUUUUACAGUCAAAAAUCCAAACACAAGGCAGAAACAGCUGAGGAACGUGAGCAAAGAUUGUCAAAACAAAGAGCAUAUGCUAAACGUAAACGAGCAAGCGAAAGUAAUGAGUGUCGACAGAAACGCUUAUUAUGGCAACAGCAAUACAACAAACAAAAGAGAAAAAAUGAAAGAAUAGAACAAAGGCAAAAAAGGUUAGCUACACAACAGCAAUACAAUCAGCAGAAGAAAGCGAAUGAAUCUGUUGAACAAAGAAAAGUUAGGCUUGUGCGAGAAAAAAAAUAUUAUCAAGAAAAAAUUCAAAAUGAGACUAUUGAAGCAAAGGAGGCCAGACUGUCAAAGGCACGUGACUAUAAAAUGAAAGGACAUAAACAACAUGCUACAGAUGCAGAUUUAGUUAAAAAAUUUCAUGAAUCUGUGUCAGAAGGCCCACUCUACAUUUGUACAUGCUGUGAACAAUUAUGGUACAAGCACAGUGUCCGGCAUACAACAAAUAUCCGUUUAGCAAACAGUAAAAUGGCUCAUCAUUUGCAAGGAAUAAAUAGUGUUAAUAACAAAGAAUGGAUUUGCCAAUCAUGCUAUGAACAUUUGCAAAAAGAUAAAGUCCCUCCAUGUGCUGUGUCAAAUGGAAUGAAAUUUCCCUCAAAGCCUGGGUUUUUUGACCUAAAUGAAUUGGAAUGUAGGCUUGUUGCUCCAAGGUUAGCAUUUCAAAAAAUUAUGCAAGCACCCAGAGGUAAACAAUUUAAGAUUAAUGGUAAUGUAGUGAAUGUGCCAGCUGAUGUACCAAACACUGUCAAUAUGUUGCCACGGUUACCUCAUCAGACAGGAACAAUAAAAAUUAAUUUAAAGAGAAGGUUACAGUAUAAAAGUUCAGCAUUAUCUUUGAAUGUAAGACCUCAGAAAGUUUUGCAGGCAGCUACAUGGUUAGCAAACAACAGUACACUUUAUAGACAACAAGGAAUAACAUUUGAUCCUAAUUGGGUUAAACAUUAUACAGAUAACAUACAAAACAAUCCUGUUGAUGAUAACAUUUGCAGAAUUGAUUCAGAAGAUACUGACAUGAAUAAUAAAAGUAAUGAUGGUUGGACUGAGGAGGAAGCAGAAGUACUGGCGGGAAUCACAGACAGCAUGCUUACUGCAACUGAUUUUCUUAGCAAUACUGAACGGGAAGGCAUUUACAGUGUAGCACCUGGCGAAGGCAAUACGCCAAUUAGUAUAUUUAGAGAUGAACAUUGUGAAGAGUUAGCAUAUCCUGGUAUAUUUCUUGGCCAAAAACGACCAAGUGAUAAAGAAAGAUUGGUUAGCGCUUAUUAUAGUGAAAUUUGUAAAUCUGAGCUAAGACGAUCAGAUCGUAGGGCUGCUAUGUGUGUGGAAAAUAUUUUUUUUAAAACCAAAAAGCUUCAAAUGAAAAUCUUGCUAGGAAAAUGUCAAAUUGCUUUGAGAAAAUCUAAAUCUCGCAAUCAAACAAUGACUGCAGGCCAAUUGAAACAACAAGGUGGUCUUGAGAACCUUAUUCACCACGAUGAAGGGUACAAAUUUUUAAGAGCAUUACGAGGGUCACCACCUUAUUUUGAAAAAGCAAAAAAAGAUCUAUUUGCUAUGAUUCGUCAACUCGGUCCAGCAACAUUGUUUUGUAGCUUCUCAUCUGCUGAAACUAAAUGGAAUCAUUUACUCAGAAUUCUUGGCAAACUUGUUGAUAACAAAGACUACAGUGAUGCUGAACUUGACAAGUUAGAUUGGAAUGAUAAAUGCAGGUUAAUUCAAAGUGACCCAGUAACAUGUGCCAGGCACUUUGAUUUCCAAUUCAAUACAUUUUUAAGACAAUUUUUGAUGAGUAGCACUGCACCAAUAGGAAAAAUCAAAGAUUGGUUUUAUAGAGUUGAAUAUCAACAACGAGGCUCACCUCAUAUACAUAUGUUAAUAUGGCUCGAAAACCCACCUGUGUUUGGAGUUAGCGAGGAUGAGGAUGUCAUUUCAUUCAUAGACCAAAUUAUCACAUGUCAAAAACCAGAUGAUGAUGAGCCAGAACUGCUUGACCUUGUUAAUCGACAGAUGCACAGACAUUCACACACAUGUAACAAAAAUAAGAAAAAUGUUUGUAGAUUUAAUUAUCCUCAACCACCGAUGAGAUCAACAAUGAUAUUACACCCCUUAGAGGAAACAUUUUCUGAAGCUUGCAAAAAAAGUCUUAAGCAACAAUGGAAAGAUAUUGUGACAAAACUUAAUGAUUUGAGAGAUGGGCAAAAUGUCACAUUUGAUAAUUUCCUUCAGGAACUGGGUGUCUCUGAACAAGAUUAUCUUUUGGCUUUACAGUCAUCGCUAAACUGUCCCACAAUAUUUUUGAAAAGGCAGCCGAAUGAACUUAGAGUAAAUAAUUACAACCCAGCUUGCCUUAAAGCAUGGAGAGCUAAUAUGGACAUUCAGUUUGUUCUUGAUGUAUAUGCUUGUGCUAUGUAUAUUGUUUCUUACAUUUCUAAAGCGCAGAAAGGCAUGAGUGAAUUGUUACGGAAAGCAUGUGAAGAAGCAAGGGAUGGUAAUGCUAGUAUCAAACAACAAGUUCGAGACAUUGGCAACAAAUUCUUGAACAGUGUUGAAAUCAGUGCACAAGAAGCAGUUUAUAUUACCUUGCAACUACCAAUGAGAAAAGCUUCGCGUAGUGUAAUUUUUAUCAACACAUCACCUCCUGAAGAAAGAGUUCGCCUAUUGAGGCCAAUGAGUGAAAUUGAGCAUAUGGAAGAUGAUUCAGAAGAAAUUCAUGCUGGGGGUCUGCUAAAAAGAUAUAUUGAGCGACCACAUUGUCUCGAAAAUGUCACUUUAGCUGAUUGGGCUGCUUGGUAUGAUAACUGUGGGAAAAGAUCAUAUAAACCAAAAAAAUCACCUAAAGUUGACAUUGACAAUCUUCCAGAAGAAACAAUUGAUGAUGAGAACAAUGAUGAUGAAUUAUGUGAUCAGAUCAAUACAGACAUAUUAAAAGGCAAUGGAAACCCUAAAAAGAGACAGACAGCUCGAAUAAUCAGAAGUGUGUGGUUCAACAAAGAGGCCAAUCCAGAGAAACAUCAUCGUGAAUUAAUUAUGCUUUUUACCCAUUGGCGAAAUGAAGAUACUGAUCUUAUUGGAAAAUACUCCUCUUAUGAAGACCAUUAUUUAGCCUUAGCUGAUACCAUAGCUGAACAAAUGAGUCAGUAUGCAGUUUGUGCAGAAGAUUUAAAUGCCAUCCAAAACAGGUUAGAUGAAAAUGAUGAUAAUGAUGAUAUUGGUAACAUUGCACCAGUUACACAACAUGAUGAACUGCAAGAUCAAAGUGAAGGGAAUGUCGACUUACAUCCUGAUCUGAAUGAACAAUAUGAUUUAUCAGGUGAUCUUGGUAUUCCAUCAACAUCUGUAACUAAUGAACCACUUGUGUUGAAUGAAAUGCAGGAUAAUGAAUACAGAACAAUGAUGCAAUCGCUCAACAAGAAGCAAAAGGAAUUUUUUUAUCACACCUUACACGUUAUUAAAACAUCUGACAAACCAUUUUAUUGUUUCUUAAGUGGUGGAGGAGGUGUUGGAAAAUCUCAUCUGACAAGAUCAGUUUACCAAGCUGCUCUCAAAUACUAUAACACUCGUGCUGGUGAAGAUUUCCAUCAAGUUAAAAUACUUUUAUUAGCUCCAACUGGUAAAGCUGCUUACCUCAUUAAUGGUAACACAAUACACAGUACCCUUGCAAUACCAGCCAGCCAAUCUCUUAGACAUUAUAAACCAUUAGAUGCAAGCCGGCUAAAUACAUUGCGCUCUCGGUUAGGUGGUGUUAAACUAAUAUUAUUGGAUGAAGUCUCAAUGGUUGGAAAUAACAUGUUUACAGUACAGAUAAACAACCGUUUAAAAGACAUUAAAGGUAGCAAAGAGGAUUUUGGAGGUGUCUCCAUUAUUGGAAUUGGUGAUUUGUUUCAAUUACCACCUGUAUUUGAUGGUUAUAUUUUUAAUGACAUUCAAAAUUCAGAAUAUAGCAUUCUUUCACCUAAUUUGUGGAAUGAACACUUUAGAAUGUUUGAACUAACAGAAAUCAUGAGGCAAAGAGAGAAUAAAGAAUUUGCUGAGAUCUUGAAUAGAUUAAGAGAAGGAAACUAUACAAAUGAUGACCUUUUAAAAAUCAAAACAAGAUGUGUUACAGAGACAGAGUGCCCUCCAGAUGCUCCUCGAUUGUUUAUUAGGAAUGACAAUGUUGAUAAGUACAAUGAAGCAGUUUAUAACAGAGCUACUGGAAACAAGUACAGCAUUAAAGCUCAGGAUAGCGUUAUUGGUACCAACACUGUAGAACUGAGAGACAAAAUUUUGAAUCAAGUAAUAAAAAUGACCCUGCGAAACACUAAACAGCUUGCUAGAACUUUACAACUUGCUGUGGGUUUGAGAACAGAGAUGGUGUUGAAUGUAAGAACUGAUGAUGGUCUCACAAAUGGAGCUAGUAAUAUUAUUAAAUUAAUACAGUUACACCAAGCAAAUAGACCAUCUGGUAUAGUAUGGGUGGAGUUUGACGAUGAAAAUGUUGGCAAGAAAACCAGACAGGAAAAUAGACAUCUUUAUGACCAAGUUAUUGAACGUUCAUGGACACCAAUCAAACCUGUUACUGCUCAAUUUGCUGUCGGUAGAAAUAAGGCUGCUCAAGUUGUCAGAAAACAGUUUCCACUAAGACUAGCUGCUGCGAAAACCAUUCACAAAAGUCAGGGAAGUACUAUGUCUGAAAUUGUUAUUAACCUAAACACCAAGCGUGCAUUUUCACAUGUUCAUUAUGUUGCAUUGAGCAGAGUUACCUCAAUUGAUGGUUUAUUUGUUACUGACCUUUGUGAAAGCAAAAUUGCUGUUGAUGCCAAAGUUAUUGCUGAAAUGGAAAGGCUAAGGGCAGAGAAAUACUUGGAACUCUGUUACACUCCAUUUUAUAAUUUGGAAGAAACCUCUUUGAAGAUAUGCCAUUUGAAUGCACGUUCUUUACACAAACAUAUCGAAGAUGUUCGUAAAGAUCACAAUUAUUGUAAUGCUGAUAUAGCAAUAUUUACAGAGACCCGAUUUAGUCCAUUUGAUGACGAUGAAAUGUACACAAUGAAUGGAUUCCAUCUUUUCAGAAAUGACAGUCUGUUUAACCAACAUACAAACACGAGAGGAUAUGGCGGUUCUGUAGUAUACAGCAAAGUACCCUUCGUCCCAGGGUAUCCGUAUUGUCACAAUAUGAACGGUGUUGAGUUCACGGUGAUCAAAGUUGCCAGCAAAGUUGAUACUACCAUCAUUGCAGUGUAUCGUUCACCGAAAGUUCCUCUGAGAGAUCUCUGUUCAGCUUUAGCCAACAUUUUCGAUGACCACAGCUCAUUACAAAAUAUUGUGAUUGGAGAUUUCAAUGUCAACUGGUUAGUCCACACAGAACGACAGCCACUUUACAAUGUUAUGGUGAGAGACAAUUGUUAUAGACAGUUAAUUUCUGAUGUCACAACUGACAAUCAGACACUAAUUGAUCACAUAUUCACAAAUAUUCCUAGCAAUGAGACUGAAUCAGGUGUUCUCGAAGCCUAUUUCAGUGAUCAUAAAGCAAUCUGGGUUUCAAUAAAGGCUAUACAAUAA